AUGAUGGGUGGGGUUACAUCCCUGCUCUCGGGUUUUGAAAACCACAUCAACGCAAAUCCACGCGGCCACAACCCUGACCGGUGGAUAAAUGCGGUGUCUUCUUGCAUAGAGCAGGGAAACGUUUCAGCAGCCGUGCUCAAGGCCAUAAGGUCUUUUGGAAAUGGCUCAUCCGGGAGUCUCGACGGUUUGCGUCCUCAGCAUCUCAAAGACCUACUUUCCGGCCCCCUGCCAAUUGACGACCUAUUAAAUUCCCUAACGAAUUUUAUAAAUUUGGUUCUGUCGGGCGCCUGUCCACCCACGGAACCAUCUGGCAUUUCAGUGCAAGAUGAAAUGCCAGAUGGAGAGCUUACUCUUACUCCCUGGAGAGCUGGUAAAUGUUUGGCUUGGGAUGUUACGGUUCCUGGUACCUUGGCCGAGCGCUACGUUCACCUUACCAGCAAAGAAUGUGGUGUGGCUGCAAUCAGGGCAUCGGACGAAAAAAUCAAAAAAUAUGAACACGCCCUGCCUUCCUUGGACUUUUUGCCAAUAUGUAUCGAGGUCCUUGGACCCAUGGACCCCAAUACUUCAAAAUUUAUUAAAACAUUGUGUAAAAUGGUUGGUGUUCGGUCAGGUGACAACAGAGAGUUCUUUUUUGCAAUAAACCACAUCUCGUGUUUGUUGCAGCGAUUUCUGCGUGUUUGUGUGUCGGAAAAUAUUAAUUUAAACGCCGACGUGUGA